AUAUAUAUAUACACACAUACUAGCUGUGCCUGGCCACGCGUUGCUGUGGCUUAUGCUUUCAGAGUGUUGCUCUUUAUUUACUGUCCUGAUUUUAGAGAUUAUAUUGUUCUGUAUUAUUAUUAAUCGCUUUGAAUGCGAUUUCCUGCUUCUUGGCAGAAUGGGGUUGGACUGGAUGGCCCAUGAGGUCUCUUCCAACUCUACUAUUCUAUGAUUCUAUAUCACAGUAAUUAUUACAUAUUAUAUUUAUAAUCUUAUAUUAUCUGCUUAGAACUGGAUUAUAUGAGGCCCCUUCUUCACAGCUGUAUAAAAUGCACACUGAAGUGGAUUAUAUGGCAGUGUGGAGUCCAGAUAAUCCAGUGCAAAGCAGAUAAUAUAAGAUUAUAAAUGGGUUAUAUAGCUGUGUGGAAGGGCCUUGAGUCUACACUGCCAUAUAAUCCAGUGCAAAUUAGAUAAUCUGUGAAACAGGCCGAGGCCUAAGUCUGCCUGUCCCCUGGGCUGAGUUGGUUGCUAGGAGACCAAGUGGGCAGAGAUUAGUCCUCUAACUGGAAGCAAUUGGAUAAAAACAAUUAUUGCUCUCCCUCUAAUUAGGACUUUAUUUUUCAUUUCUUUUUGUUGUGUCAACCUAGAGGCAUGGAUGAUGGGUUGUGUUGUCAAAUUUCGAGGUUGGGGGGCCUGUAGUUUUGUUGUUUUGUUGGUCACCAUGAUGCCAUCACUCAUUUAUAUAUAUAGAUAUAUAUAUCACAUAUUAAAAUAUAUUUCUACCAAAUACAUAUAUCAAAAUACACAUUAUAUGUGUGUGUGUGUGUGUGUUAAAAUAGGCCCUUGAGAUACUUCAUAAAGAUCUUUAAAUGCAUAACUUCCCUGGUCAAAACAGCAUCCCUAUUGGACAGGCCAAACUCUCCUCGUCAAGCACAGCUUUGGCUUUGAAGGAGUUAAAGUGAUAGGGCUCACAUCCUAGAGCGGCUCGAAGCAGACAACAAGUGGAGGCGCCACACAGAAAACAUUCCCUUUCGGUGUCCCUCCAUCUCGGCCUCGGCUAGAAAACAAGAACUUGGGCUUCUGAACUGAGGGCAUCCCACGUUCCUGGGGAUUGCAGGAAGCCUGAAUGCAGAGGAUCGCCCAACAUGAGCGAGUUCAAUGAGUUUUCCGGAGGGAAAGGAGGUAAAUAGAGCUGAAAUGGGUUCUCUCCAUUAUCAGUGCACAGUAAGUAAGUAAGUGGCAUUGCUAUCAGGAGGAUAGUGAUGGGAGAUGGUAGAAACACAACCUUUUGGUGCUGGGCUGCAGCAAGAUGCCAGCAGUAAACAAUGCAAUGAAGCUCAGAGUAUUAAAAAUGGGAUGCUCUUCCAAUCAAUCUUAUUGUAGCACCGUGUACUUGUUAACAUCAGCCAUAGUGAAGAGCAGCUGCCCCUAGAAGGCCUACUGCCUCAAGGCCUACUGUGUUAACUGAGAUAUGUCUGUAUAUUACUUUCAGAGGAAGCAUGCUCAUGAGUUAUGAAUUCCUGGCGAAUAUGAACAGAAAGAUGCUAUUGCCUUUAUGUUUGGCUUGUGGAUCAUAGACACAUAGAGAGUUGGAAGAGACCACAGGGCUAUCCAGUCUAUCUCAAUUUUUCCAUAAAGGAAGACGCCAUCCAAGCACUCCCGAAAGAUGGCCUUCCAGACUGCUUAAAAAUCUCCAGAGAAAGAGACUUUCCAGGAUACAACUUGUUGAUUGCAGUGGGAACAGAAUCCUGGAAUAGUUAGGUUUUUGGUCUAUGCACUGAAGUUCUUACAAUUUACUGACGACUAAAGGAAGCUGAGGGUACUUGAAAACGUGAGUGCUGUAUAUGAAUACUGCUGUACGUGAAUGUAUAGAAUAAAAUACUAACUUUCUCAUACAAUUAAAUAAUUCUAGAGGUUUGAGCCUUUGGCCUCCCUUACCUUCUUUUCACUAUGUGUCAUUUUUUCUUCUUAGCAAGAUUUCCUCUUAACCCUCAAUCACAUUUUGGGAGAAUGAUGGGAUAUACAUGAGAGGAAGGAAGAAACAAAUGAACAACAAACACCAGACAUAUCAUCCUAAAGUAUGGUUGGCCUCCAUCAGUAACUGCAAGGCCUUACAAGGGCUGGAUGAUAUCUGAACUGUUUUUUAAUGAACCUGUUGGACUGAUCAGACUUGAAGGACAAAGCAGCUGUACUGAGGCAUUCUUCAAGGGGUGCAACUAAAAGAGGGAGAACAAAUAAAUACAAGGAUCCUGGUUUCUGUGAUAGGAAAUGGAUGACCCUCAGGAGACAGGGGUUACUGUUUUUCUGCUUCCAGAAAUAAAAAUGGAAGAGCAGGAUUCAGUAGGCCUUGAGGCAGAAGAUGAGAAUGCAAGUGAAGAGCAUCGGGGAAGCAGAGAAGAAGAUCCUCAAAGGAUAAAACAGGAACCAGUAGAAGAGCCGUCAAAGAACUGGGAUGCGCAGUUGGAAGAGUUUCUUAGGACACUGCAGCCGGUUUGUUCAGAAGAGGAAACCCCACAAACCUCUGAGGUGGAACAACAAAGGGAUCCUAAAACAUCGGAAGUGCCCUCCCAGGGAGAGACAAAACCCAACAAGCAGGCUAGCAAGUUGUGUGUUUCCCCAAGAACUCAGCCACAUCUUGUUGAGGGAACCCAGUUGGUAUUCGGGGCCCACCUGGAUGCUGAUAGCUAUGGGAAGAAAAGGGAGAAAGCCUUAGCUGGAGAUGCUGCCAGGUUGGAGAUGCGGCGCCAGCAUUUUCGGACCUUGCGUUACCAAGAGGCUGAUGGGCCUCGGGAGCUUUGCAAGCAGCUCCAGCAGCAGUGUCGGAAGUGGCUGAACCCAGACAGAAACACCAAGGAGCGGAUGCUGGAGCUGGUGACCUUGGAACAUUUUCUGGCUAUGGUCCCAGCAGAGAUGCUGGGCUACCUCUGGGACAAUGGCCCCGUGACAUGUGCCAAGGCUGUGGCCCUGGCAGAAGAUUUCCUGCAGAGUCAGCAAAGAGACAGAGACUUGGAAGAGCAGGAAAUGCAGGAGCUUUCAGACACGGAAGAUAGGCAUGAAACCAAACAGAAAGAUAAAGCCAGUGCAAACCUAUUGGAAAUCGGUGAGUGGCUGAAAGACAGGAAGGAAGAAAAUCCGUUCCUGGAUAGACCUGAGAAAAUGUCAGCAUUCCUGAAAACAGAAAAUGAUAACCAUUUUCUGUGUCAGGGAGAAUCUGAGAAAGGUCAACAGAAGACAGACGGGCAGAAUGGGAAUGCCACAGAGGAGAAAAGGGAUCUGUAUGUUGAUUCACACGGUGGUUGUAAAGGUGGUGAUGAGUCCACUAUCCAACAGGAUGUCGAUAUGAAAUAUGAUAGAUGCAAACAAGGCACGCAGGAGAGCUCUCUUGAAUUGGAGAAGCCGUACAAGUGUUGGCACUGCGGCCAAAGCUUCAGCAGCAGCUCAGAUCUUCUGUCUCAUGAGCGAAACCACGUGGGCGAACAGUUGUAUAGAUGCUCCCACUGUGGAGGAAGUGAGAGGAUCCACAUGGGACAGAGGCCCCACAAAUGUUCUCACUGUGGGAACACCUUUGGCUGCAACCCUCAAGAGGAAACAAAUGGAGGGAAGAAAUUCCAUACUUGUGCAGAAUGUGGGGAAAAGUACAUGCACAGAUCGGGUUUGCUUAAACACCAGGGAGUCCACUGGGGAGAGAAACCUUACAAAUGCUUGACGUGUGGAGAAAACUUUGGAAACUACUCGAAUUUCCGAACUCACUGCCGGACUCACACGGGAGAGAAGCAGUAUAAAUGUUUGCAGUGCGAAAUGUGUUUCAGUAGUAUUGCGUGUUUGAGAGCCCACGAGCGAAUCCACGUGGUGGUUUGCUCCAGCUGUGGGAAAAGCUUCAGAAAUAAGUCUGAGCUUAUUGAACAUGAGAGAACCCACGCCAGGGAGGAUUCAUUUGUGUGUUUCGACUGCGGGAAGGCCUUCAAAUUCAACUCGGAACUGAUGGCUCAUGUGCGGACUCACAAGGAUAAGAAACUAGAGUGCCCUGAUACCAAGAAAACCCUCAUUUGCUUGGAAUGUGGAGAUAACUUUAAACAUGGCUCAGCCUUCAAGACACACCAGAGAGUCCAUAGAGCAGAUGGAGGGUGGAUGGAAGAAAGUGAGGAGGAGAAGAAACCCAUCUUGGAGCAUCCUGAGCAAAUGGAGCUCCCAGUGAUGUUAUUGAAAACAGAUCAAGAACCUGAUGAGAGUCAGUAUAAGCCAGAGAGGCAGAAUGGAGGGGAUGAAGAGGAGAGAGAGUGUCAGUUGGUUUGCCCACAGGUGGUUUGCAAAACCGAAAAUGAACCCAACAUCCAGGAGGUUCAGAAUGUGAAAUAUGAGGAACGUGACGAAAACUUUGGUCUGAGUUUGCACCUCACAAUGCCCAACAGCCCCCAUGAAGAGGAGAAGGAGAAGCCAUAUCAGUGCUGGCAUUGUGGCCAAAGCUUCAGCAGCAGCUCUGACCUUCUGUCUCAUGAAAGAAGCCACGUCGGGGAGAAACUGUACACCUGUUCGAACUGCGGAGAAAGCGAAAGAAUCCACAUGGGCCAGAAGCCACACAGAUGCUCAACUUGCGGGAAUACCUUUGUCUACAACACCCAGCAGGAAAAACAGAGAAGGAAGAAAAUACACGUGUGUCCAAUAUGCGGGAAGGCAUACAUGAAGAUAUCGAGUUUCCUUCAGCACCAGGGGCUCCACAGAGGGGAGAAACCUUAUAAAUGUUCAAAGUGCGCAGAAAACUUUGGGACCUUCUCAAGCCUCAGAGUCCAUCGGAGAACUCACACCAGCGAAAACCAGUACAAAUGUUCGUAUUGCGGGAUGUGUUUCAGCUGCAGCCCGCGCUUGAGAGCCCACGAAAGAACGCACAUGGCGAUGUGUUCCUACUGUGGGAAGAGCUUCAACAAAAAGUCUGAACUUAUCGAACAUGAGAGAACCCACUCAAGAGGAGAUUCAUUAGCCUGUUUUGUCUGCAGGAAAGCCUUUGAAGUCAUUUCAGAGCUGGUUUUCCAUGUGCGGACUCACACGGAUAUGACGCCCAAAUGUUCGGACUCCAGGGAAAUCUUCCAGUGCUCACAGUGUGGCAGUACUUUUAGUCAUGGUGUCAGGCUCACUUCAAAGGACCAGUCUGAACGCAGAUCAAAGAUAGCUGCUCUCAAACACAAUCUUUAUUGAAGAAUACAUGACUUUGGAAAAGUCGAGAAUGACCUAAUGUUUACAUACAUCUAAUUUUAUCACUUCUGAUGCAACGUAAUAUCACACGCAAAUAUCAUCAUCAAACCCCACCUUCGGGAUCACAUUACCACCAUGAUUUCUAUUCCCACACACUACAGCAAUUAUAAUUGUUUACACUUUCAACUCUGAGUUCCCAGGCUCAUUUUAUCUUCUCCCGCCAGGUGCUUGCAGGAUUGUUUAUGUUAUGAAGUCAGAUUCAGGUCUUGGAAAUUCAGCCCUGGGAUCUGGCUCCAUGACAUGGCGCCCUCGUUUUCUUCGUCCUCCUCUUCGGUUCUUCUUUCAUCAUAGUUCUGAAACAAAUCAAACAAUAACUCUAUGUGUCCAUUUUGUCCAAAGUCCCCAUAUACUUUUUCAGUAAGCUGCGAUGGAAUACUGGGUGUAUUUUCCCUAAACUUUUUGGCAAUGCCAACUGGAAAGUCACUUCAUUGAUAACACCUUGUAUUCUGAAUGGUCCAAUAUAUUUGGGGCCCAGUUUUCUCGAAGGUAGCCCCAAUUUGAUGUUUUGGGUACUUAACCACACUAGAUCUCCUUCAUUUAAUUUAUCGCCUUCCACCCUCUUUCUGUCUGCGAACGCUUUAUACUUUUUGUGCGCUUCCUUUAAGGAUGCAGUCACUUGACUCCAGCAUUCUAGCAUUUGCGUUUUCCAUUUCCCUGCCUCUGUUUCCUCAUUUUCUGUCCACCUUGGCAACUGGGGUAAAGGCUGUAUUUCAUACCCGUAAACUACUUCAAAGGGGGUUUUAUUUGUUGCUGAAUGUAUAGUUGAAUUAAAGGCUAGUUCCGCAAAAGCCAACCACCUAGACCAGUCAUUUUGUCUCACGUUAGAGUACAUUCGAAGGAACUGCCCAAGCGUUUGCUGAGUACGUUCUACCGCCCCGUUUGUCAUGGGGUGAAAAGCAGAACUUAGACUCCUUUCUGCUCCUAGCAUUUCCAAGAAUUUUUCCCAAAAUUUUGCUGUGAACUGUACUCCUCUGUCACUAACUACUCUACUGGGACAUCCAUGUAGUUUGUAAAUAUGAUUUAUGUACAAUUCAGCUAGUUUCUCAGCCGAUGGUAGUUUCGUCAGCGCUAUAAAGUGGGCCUGUUUAGAAAACAGGUCUAAUACUGUCCAGAUAUAACGAUGUCCUUUGCUAACCGGCAGUUCUCCCACAAAGUCCAUAGCUACACAUUCCCAAGGUCUGGUAGGUUCCGCUACUGUUUGUAACAAUCCCAUAGGCUUCCCUCCCCCCGAUUUAUUUCUGGCACAAUCAUCACAUUGAACAACAUGAUUCUUUAUGUCCUUCCUCAUUCCUGGCCACCAACAAUGCUUUGCUAUUGCCUUUGUUGUUUUUGUAAUUCCUGUAUGACCAGCGCUCUGGUUGUUGUGGAAACGAUGCAGAAUCUUAAUCCUUAACAUUGCUGGGAUAUACAGUUUCUUGUUUACAAACCAAAAUCCCCCCUUCUGUUCCCCCUUUUCUGCGUUGGAUGCGAUCCAUUGAUCACCUUCAUAAUACUGUUUCAGUUCAUUUCCCCAGUUUUCUUCCCCGCCGAGUUCAACAAAAGCCGUGUCCUCCUUUUGGGUUUGUGCUCUGGUCCUGACGGCUAAGCCCCAUUGUUUGUCAGAGAAUAUUGUCCCCUCUUUUGCUGUGGUUAUGCCUUCGUGUUGAGGCAUGCGUGAAAGAGCAUCUGCCAAGACAUUCUGCUUCCCUUGAAAAAACUUUAAUUGGAAAUCGAAUCUGCUGAAGUAUUGCGCCCAUCUAAUUUGUUUGGGGGACAAUUUUCUAGGAGACUUUAAAUACUGGAGGUUCUUAUGGUCAGACCAAAUUUCAAAUGGGAUUCCGCUUCCUUCGAGGAAGUGUCGCCAGCAUUCUAAGGCUUUUAAUAUGGCUAAUGCCUCUUUUUCCCAUAUUGGCCAACUUUUUUCAGUUUCGCUGAACUUCCGUGACAAAUAUCCACAGGGUUUUAAGUUCCCAUUUUGAUCUUUUUGCAAUAGUACUGCCCCGUACGCACAGUCUGAGGCAUCGCAAUGGAUUAUGAAAGGGCUCCUGAUAUCGGGGUGUUUUAGGAUGGGUCCUUCAGUGAAGCAUUCUUUUAAGGUUUCGAAUGCCUUUUGGCAUUCUGGCGUCCAACUCAGUUUGGCGCCAGGAGCUUUCACUUUUGCUGUUUCCCCUUUCCCUUUUGUUUUUAAAAGUUCUGUAAGGGGUGCGGUUAUUUGCGCGAAGCCUUUUAUGAAGGGUCUGUAAAAAUUUGCAAACCCCAGAAAUGAUUGUAAUUGCCUCCUUGUUUGAGGCACUCCCCAUUCUUUCACAUCUGCUACUUUAGCUGGAUCCAUAGCUAACCCUUCUGGAGAUAUCCGAUACCCCAGAAAGUCAAUUUGAGUUUUAUUAAAUUCACAUUUGGACAGUUUUGCGUACAGCUUUGCUUCUCUUAGUCUCUGCAAAACUUCCCGGACCAAUUUUACGUGCUUUUCCUUAUCUUCAGAUACGAUCAAGAUAUCAUCAAGAAAUAUGAACACCCCUCUGUACAAUAACGGGUGUAAUAUUUCAUUUAUAAGCUGCAUAAAGCAGCCGCCUCCGUUUUUUAACCCGAAAGGCAAAAUUUCAUAUUCAAAAUGGCCGAAUGCGCAGGAAAAUGCAGUUUUCCAAGUAUCCUCCGGUUUGAUCCUUAAUUUAUGAUACGCUUCAAUUAAAUCCAGUUUAGUAAAUAUGCUCCCUUUCUUCAAUACGGUAAUUAAAUCCUUGACUAAGGGCAUAGGGUAUUUAUUGUCCUUAGUAAUUGCGUUUAAAUUUCGAUAAUCAAUGCACAAUCUUAGGGAGUUGUCUUUCUUUCUCCUAAAUAACACUGGGGCCCCGAGAGGAGAAUUGGAUGGCUUAAUGAAGCCUCGCGCCAGGUUUUUAUCAAUGUAUUUCCUCAAUUCCUCCUUCUCCUGCACAGACAUGGGAUACACUUUUGGUUUUGGUAAGUUUGCUCCUGGGGUUAUUUCAAUUUCUACUUCUAUAUUCCUUUUGGGAGGCAAUUUACUGGCCUCUUUCUGAUUGAAAACAUCCACAAAGUCUCUGUAUUCAGGUGGCAAUAGCUGUGGGUCUAUUUCCCCUGCUUCAUCUUCCUCGUCCUCCUCUUCCGCAAUUUUGCUUAUCUCCCAUUGCAUCUGCUGUUCUUUGAAUGCUAGGCUUUUUCCUCUCCAAUCUACUUCAGGAUUUGCCUGUUCGAGCCAUGGUAUCCCUAAUAUUACGUGGUAUGUGGCAAUAGGGGCUAUCACAAAGGAUAUCCUUCCUUCCCAUUUGCCUAUUUUACAUGGGAUUUCCCGUAUUUCCUUUGUAGACACUUCCCCAGCAGCGACUGAUCCAUCUAGCUGCGAAAAUGCAAUUGGGGAGUCAAGCGCCAUCUGCUGGCAUUUCAGCGCUCCUGCUAACUCCGGGGUUAUAAUGUUUCUGGAACACCCACAAUCCACAAAUGCCUUGCAGGUGGCCCGAUUUUCUAGCCCUGAGAGGCAGAUUGGCACUACUAUCAUGCGUUUGUCCCGACUCACCAGUUUUUUUGAAGAUUCUGGGGCCUGCACCUCCUCUUCCGCGCGCCUCCCGGUUGCUGGCUUGGGCUUUGGGGCUUUUGGCGGCUCCCCCUUCCGGGCCCAGCAUUCUGCUGCUCGAUGGCCCGUCUUCCCACAUACAAAGCAUCCCGGUUUAGGUUUGUUGUCGUCUCCUUUGGAGGGAAUCCCCGGCCUCCCUCCGGGUCUUUCCUGCUUCCUCGUUUCUCCUCGACCUCUCGCCACUGGUCUUUGCUGGCCGCUGCCGCUCCUGAAGCGCUUUACUUGGGCCAGGGUGGAUUCGACGCGCCCCGCUAGUUGAAUCCAUCCCUGGAGCGUUUCGGGGUCGUCUCUGUGCGCUGCCCAGCUGAAAAUCUCGGGGCGUAGUCCCUCUUUAAAUAAUUCCACUUUGGUCACUUCAGACCAUUCUGGUACCCUUUCCGCGAGGUGGAGGAAUUCUUCUGCGUACUCGGGUACUGUUUUGUCCCUCUGCUUUAUUCCUUUCAGCUGGUCUCGAGCCCUCAAUUGCUCUAGCCGGUCUCUGAACCGGUUUUCCAGUGCGGCGAGGAAGCGGGGCACUGACCUCAGGCAUGGGUCGCGUCUGGCAUGAAGCUGCACAUACCAGCUGGCUGCUCCUCGCUUUAGUGUGUUGCCGAUGGCUCGAACCCUGCUUGCCUCGGAGGGGAAUGUGUGUGCAUUGUCUUCCAUGUAUCCUCUGAUGCUAAUUAGAAAAAAGUUCAGUUCAUUUGAUUCCCCUCCGUAUUCUAGUUUGAGAUCUUCCCUUCUAGGCAUCCAUUCUGCAGCCCGUUGCUGCUGUCUGGGAGGCAUGGGGAAGGGUUGCAUCAGGUUUCCUCGGGCGGCUCCUUGGAACACGCCGCGCCCCACUCCGGUGGUCAUUCUGCGCGGCUCCCGAAAGUCUGCCGCCGCUGUCGGCUCUUCCGCCCAUCCGCAUACUGGCCUCGCUGUAGCCCCCUCAUCUCGCCUUUCCUCGUCGUACGGCACAUCCUCCUCCUCUUCCUGGAUCCCCCGCUCCUCUCCGCCUUCGUCUGCGAAUCCACUGGACCCGAUCCCUGGCCCCAGUGGCCUUUCCACCCCGACGCCCAUUCGGGGGGUUGGGAGCUCUGUUGGAGAUGGCGGCCUCAGAGUUCCCAGGGCUCGCUGACGCUCCACUUCUCGCGCCAUUCUGUCCCGGAACUGCAGCUCCUGCCAGUAUUCCUCAUCUCCCUCGUCCCUUGCCGCCACGGGACUCUGCGUUGACGCUCGCUGGCCCCUCUGGCUCCAAUCUCCUUUACUUGGUUCUCUCUCGGCGCCAUAUCGGCUGGGCUCCUUUUGGAGAUUCUCUUCCAAUAAUGGCACCAAUCUCCCCACGGUUUCCGACAGCCUGGAUAAAUUAGUUUCCAGGAUGGAUAACCGCAGGGCCACGGUCUCCGGCAUACUUCCUCCAGAUCCCCAACUGGUUUCUGCAGCCGCAGAGACGCCUCUUCCUCCCCUGGGAAUUCUCUGGGUCACGCCGUUCGGCCUGGGGUACCCCGUAGAGGAAGCUAUGGCUUGCAGCGUUUCUUCUCUCUUCGGCCGGGCCCCUUGCAAAGGCCUCUCUGCCUCAUUUGGGCUUUGAUCUCCUUCUUCGCUCAUUAUCACUUCACUGCGAAUUCCGCAGGAGGGUGAGAAAUGGAUUCUCGACUUUAAUGUCAGGCUCACUUCAAAGGACCAGUCUGAACGCAGAUCAAAGAUAGCUGCUCUCAAACACAAUCUUUAUUGAAGAAUACAUGACUUUGGAAAAGUCGAGAAUGACCUAAUGUUUACAUACAUCUAAUUUUAUCACUUCUGAUGCAACGUAAUAUCACACGCAAAUAUCAUCAUCAAACCCCACCUUCGGGAUCACAUUACCACCAUGAUUUCUAUUCCCACACACUACAGCAAUUAUAAUUGUUUACACUUUCAACUCUGAGUUCCCAGGCUCAUUUUAUCUUCUCCCGCCAGGUGCUUGCAGGAUUGUUUAUGUUAUGAAGUCAGAUUCAGGUCUUGGAAAUUCAGCCCUGGGAUCUGGCUCCAUGACACAUGGCUCUGCUCUCAGAGUCCAUCAGAGAAUCCACACAGGGGAGAAGAUAUAGUGGGAAGUGUUUUGUUUGGCCCCGUAACCUAAUGUCAUGUUAAGGAGUCCACUUGUUUAUAUGCUCCUGAUGUGGGAAAGGCUUCAGCUGUCAAUCUGACCUUGUUGAACAGGAGAGGACCUGUGUGAGAACUUUUGGCAUCUCUUCAGAACUGUUAAUUCGUAUGAAAACUCACAUGGUACAACUGUUUGAAUGCUUGGACUGAUGUGGGAAAAAACUCUUCAGGAAAAAGAAUGCAACUAAUUAUGCAUCAGGCGAGAAGUGGCACAUCUAAACCUGUUAGUAGGAAAGGCUUUCAUCAGAGGCAGAGCUCUUCAAAAGAAAAAUGGUUUCGAAGACAUAGAUGUUUUGAAAGGUCCCUGACAUUAAAUCUUGCAAGAGAUCCAGGAGAUGGAAGAGAGAUGAUAAAACUGCUCCUGCUGUAACAAAAAGUUUCAACUUAAUAUCUUGCAAUAGUGAAUUCUCAAAGAAGAGGAAUUGGUCAGACUAUGAGGAAACACUAAUUGUUACAUGGGAUGCCCCUAAAUCACUCUCCUAGACUACACUGAGGUAGCAAGGAAUGUGGUGCUGGUUUGAAUUUGAUCACAUUAUUUUUAGAAAAACAACAGGAUUAUUCAUGUCUUGGAUCUUAUGUUUUUAUAAAAUGCCAACAUUGGCAGUGCUGGGUUUUCAGCACAGGUAGGUCCAGGUUAUUAAAUAUGAUAUAUACAUACAAGUUUCCACUCAUA